AUGGGUUGUUCAGAAUCAAAGGUAGAGUCCAAAACGAUCGAGCCGAUAGAGACGAAGCCUUCUCCAUUGGCGAUCACACAACAUCUAGUAAAUGAUCCUCAACCAGUUCGUGUUGUGGAGAAUUUCGUUCUUCUCUGGUAUUCACCGAAUUCAUUAAAAGGUUGGGAAAAUAUUAAGACAGGGCUACGUAAACUUAUAUCUUAUAUAAAAAUCUUUUAUGAUUCCAAUGAAUGCAUUACCUAUAUCGAGAGUAUUCGAAUUGAACGAGUCAUUUUAUUGGUGCCAAACAUGGAUUCCUGGGUAACACCAUUGGAAAAACUGUCACAAGUAGAGAGAAUUUAUGUUUUCAAUGAUCAAUCGAACAUCGAGAGUUUUUGUCAACAACUGAAAACCGAUCUUGACCUAUGUGAACUCGAUCUCAUCAAUAUUACGGUUUUUCCUAAUCCCACUCAAAUUGGUGUAACAUCUGCAGAACUCAAACGACAAGAAGCGUCGUUUCUGCUCGGACAAUUAAUGCGAGAGAUGUUACAUCGCUUAAAAUUCGAAAAUAACGCCAAAACGGAAUUUGUUAACUUUUUUCGAAUGAAUUACGCUCACGAUGAAGAACAACUACGUGCCAUUAACGAUUUCGAAACGAAUUAUCGUCCGAAUAAAGCUUUAGCGUGGUUAAUGCGGCCGUGUUUUCUUCAGCGAGUUAUACAACGCCUCGAACGGACAUACGAAUUCGAUCUUCAUUACAAAAUCGCGUUUUUCGCUAAGCACGUUUGCAUACAAAUGAACAUUUUCCAAGAGAAUAUCUCGUUAGCUAGAGAAAAAAACUGGAUCGUCUAUCGUGGAAAGACAAUGCCUCCUGAAAUAUUCGAAAAUCUGCUGAAAAAUAAAUCUGGUUGUCUUUUUUCAAUUUCGGCUUACUUUAUAGCUGAAACGAAUAAAGAUUUUGCCGUUGAUUUCAUCUGUCGUCGUCUUAUGACGUAUCCGGAAAGAAUCGGCGUUAUCUUCGAAAUGCACAUCGAUCCAGCGGCUCGUAGUGCAAGAAGUCCAUGUGCUUGGCUUGAAGAAGUCUAUGGAUCGGAAACGAACGAAAAAGAAGGGAUUUUAUUUAGUGGACACUCGGCAUUUCGUAUUGAAGCUAUUGAAGAAGUCACUGAGCAAUCGAAAGCAAUGUGGUUAAUUAAACUGGUACUCGUGUCCGAUGAUGAUCCGCAGUUGCUUCGAAUUGUCUUAUCAUUACGUAGCAGCGAUGUUUAUACAAAUCCGUUGUCUUAUCUGGGCAAAUUGUUGAUGGAAAAAGGGGAUUAUGAACAAGCGGAAGAGUUCUUUCUUGCUCUACUUCUUGACCCAUCAGUGCUCAAUCAACCACAUCGCCUUGCACGUGUUCAUCGAGGUCUCGCUACGAAUUAUGCGUAUAAAGGCGAAUAUAGUAAAGCAUUGGGACAUUAUCAACAAGCGAUAGAACAUAGUUCAGCUUAUUUACCACCUGACCAUCCAGAUUUUGUUCCACUUUAUGAUGGAAUUGGUAAUUGUUAUUAUAAAAUGGGUAGUUAUCAAAAUGCCAUCGAAAAAUACGAAGAGGCUGCGAAAAUGCUCAGUAAAGCUAGUCAAUCUAUGAAUGAACAAUUAACCAGUGACUUAAAUACUCGUAUCGCCAAUACCAAAAAGUUACUGAGCCACAAACCAUGA